CCCAUCAUGAAUAUUAAGGAUUAUUUUGGAAGAAUUUGUUACAAAGGUCCCCAAGAAAAAAUAGACUUAGGGACUUUAACAGAAAUCUUUCAGCAUCACAUCCGCGCUGUGCCCUUUGAAAAUCUCAGUCUACACUGUGGUGAAACCAUUCAGUUGGAUUUAGAACUUACUUAUGACAAAAUCGUGAAGCACAAUCGUGGCGGAUGGUGCAUGGAGAACAACCAGCUUCUAUUCUGGGCCCUCCAGACAAUGGGCUACAAAAGUAGUCUUUUAGGAGCAUGUGUUUAUGACCCUGAGCAAAAUGCCUACCAUAAAGAUUUCACUCAUCUCCUGAUCAAAGUAGUUCUUGAGGGUAAAAUCUAUAUUGUAGAUGGAGGGUUUGGGGUUGCUUAUCAGAUGUGGCAACCAAUGGAACUGAUUUCUGGGAAGAACCAGCCUCAGACCCCAGGCGUCUUUUGCUUCACAGAGAAGAAUGGAGUGUGGUACUUUCACAAAUUAAAGCACAAGAAAUUCAAGAUGGAUUCUGAUAACAGAACUCUCUGCUGUGACCCUGUGAAAAACAUGGCCUAUAAAAAUGUUUACUCAUUUACCUUGCAACCAAGGACAAUAGAUGAUUUCCGGCCCUCCUGUUUACAACUCCAAAUGGAUCCAAGUUCUAUUUUUUUAAAGAAAUCCAUCUGUAGUCUCCAGACUCCUGAUGGAUUUCUAGCUUUGAUUGGGUGGAUGCUGACUGAAACCAAAUAUAAUUAUAAGGACAACAGGGAUCUAGUGGAAAGCACCAUCCUUACUGAUGAAGAAGUGCAGGAAAUCCUGAAGGAGCGAUUCAAGAUUCAGUUGGACAAAAAGUUUGUCCCUUGUAACACGGGCUCAGUAUCAAUGUUUUAAUUCAGAUGACAAAGGUUAACUCACUCGACAGAUGUCAACCACUCGGUUCAUCUUAAAAAGCAACUGAAAUGAAAUUUCAAAGCAAAUUUGGAGAAUCCUGCAUCGUUAAAUGAUCCAAGGAAAGUUAUGAGAACACUUUAGAGAAGAAGAUGCUGUGUUUUCUUGGGCAGACUCAGGGCAAUUUAGAGGGCAAGUGAAAUAUUUCAGAAAGUUGAAGUUGCUUGGUGUAGGGUUUCCCAUGGGGAGAUAGAAGUCUACCUUAAAUAGGAAAAGGGAUAAGAAAAGGAUUUUGUAAGGCUAUCCGUCUGAUUUUUGACUGGGUCCUAUAUAUCUCUAGCUUCAGCUUGAUGGUAAGACUUUAAAUUUGUAUCUUUUUAGUCCUUUAUAUCUCCCUAUACAUCUUGGAGACUAGGUGGUACCUCUUCCAUACCGAAUAUGGCAUUCACUAUAUGAUAAUAAUGUGAUCUCUCGCUUUCUCUCUCUCUCUUUCUCCCCAUUCUUAAAUGGCAUUUCAUUCUGCCAUAAUUAUUUGGGACUAUCCACAAUAGAGGGAAAAAUUCCUCCUGCUCUAAACACAGCACCAGGUUUUUCACUUUGGGACAGCCACCAAAUGCAGUAGCUGCAAGCCAUGAUUGAGUGACUAAGCAUAUUACCUUUCGAAAGAGCAGUCCUGGGAAUUUUGGCAUUACAAAUCCCUAGCUGAUGAGAGAGAGAAAGACAAACCAUAGCCAGCCAGACAAUAAAUGAGGUGGACCAGGAGAAUUUAGAAUGAUGGACCAAUCUGGUUUACAGCUGGAACACAAAAUAUACCCCACAGGAACCACAACCAGAGUGUGUGGUUUCAAAAAUAUGGAGUUCUUCUCUCAUUUGGGGGUUUGAAAGGGGCAAAACAGGCAUCUUGACAUGCAGAUAUUUUGCAUCAAAAAUGGAGAUACUGUUUGUGGCUAGUGCAUCUGUCCGGCUGAGUGAUGCCCUGUGGAAGCAUGGAGUGCCUUUAUCUGCUUUGACUCAUUUACCAACUGUGACCUUAUCUGGCCAGAGACAGCCUUGAAGCAGUCAUUCACACUCUGUUAACUUCCUGGUUGGACUAUGGCAAUGCACUAGAUAUGGGACUCCCUUUGGAAAUGGUUUAGAAACACCAGGUAGUUCAAAAUAGAGGGGCCAAAUGGCUCACUGGGAUGGGCUGAUAUAAACAUAUUGUGACUGUCUGCCAGUCCAUUUCUGGACCUAAUUCAAAAGGCUGCUUUUGACCUUUAAAGGCCUAAAUGCCUAGAUCAAUUUAUCUGAAGAUUUCUCCUGUAUGUACUGGUAGUCCUUGACUUAUGACCAUUUGUUUAAUGACAGUGCAAAGUUAUGACGGUGUUGGAAUGGGUGCUUUAGAGCCUGUCAAGCACUUCUGAGUGUCGCAAAGUGUCACACCAAACCCUGGGGUCACAUGAUUGCAUUUUGGGCACUUGGCGACAGGUUCUCAUUUAUGACCAGUUGUAGCAUCCCAUGGUCACGUGAUCAUGUUUUGCAACUUUUUUGCCAUGUUCCAGCAAAAAACAGCCAUUGUGGAAGCUGGAUUUGCCUAACAACCACCAUAAAAAUGGUCAUAAAAUUGGGUCCAGACACGUGGUGACUCAACUUAUGACUGCAACGACUUACAAUGGAAAUUCUGGUCCCAAUUGUGAUCAUAAGUCAAGGACUACUUGUAACUACUCAGAUCUUUAAGAUCUUCUAAUGAGGCCCUCCAAAGAAAGUGAAAGUGGACAAGGGGAAGAGCUUUUUCUGUGGUGGCAUCCCAUUGAUGGAAUUCCUUCCCCAGAGAUGCUCAUCUGGCACUCAUAUUGGCAUCAUUUCAGCACCAGGUAAAGGCCUUUCUAUUUUCCCAGGCUUUUUAAUUGACUUGUGAUUGUAUUUUAAUUCUUACUUUCUGAAUGAUCACGGUGCUGCUGCCUAUUUUUUGUGGUGUUAUUACAGUGCACCCAUCACCACUGUAACUGAGUCCAUCCACCCUGCUGCUGGUUGUCCCCUUCUCUUUCCUUCCACCUUUCCCAGCAUUAGAGCCUUCUCCAGCAAGCUGGGUCUUCCCAUAACAUGUCCAAAGUAGGAUAAUUUGAGCCUGGUCAUUUGUGCCUUGAGUGCGAACUCUGGGUUGAAGUAGCCUUGAUAGUUCUCCCAAUUAAAUAGUUUUCUGCCUCUGAGUCUGAAUUCAGUAUAUGUUUUAAAAAUCUGACUCCUUUUAAAAGGAAUCUGAAUGUUUGCUUGCAAGCAAUGAAGCUGUUAAGUUUCAAAGGGUCUGGUGCAAAGCUCCUAUGAGAAUACUGCACACAGCAGGGAACAUUGAGAAUAGCAGUCCUCAAAGACAGUGACAAUUUAAACUGCUAAAUAAUGCCUUCAAGAGGUACGAUUCUCACUAUAGUCUUUGCAUCAAAUGGCAAAUUGAAAAUCGCUUCUCAUUUUCCAAUUACCCUGCAAAUUCUAAUCUUAACUGAGUUAGAGCAUAUUGGUUUAUUGCUUUAUAUCUUGUCGGGAGCCACCUUGAGACCUCAAAAGGGUCAAAAAGAGUGCUAUAAGAAACCAAGAAGUGAAACUACAAUCUCUCUCUCUCUCUCUCUCUUUUCCUCUUAUUCUCUGUAAUCAAGAUUUACUUGAAUGGAUCAAGUCACAAGUCACAGUCUAAAAAGGGGGGGGGGGAAUGGUGUGCCUAGUAAGUUUGUACUUCUGUAUCUCAAAUGCCUCUUGUUACAGGUUGGAGCAAUGCUGUAAUCGUAAAACUAAAUUUCUUUUGGAAACUCUGAAGGAUCUUAGUUUCCUGUCUUCAGAGAGAAUGAAGUUGCCCUCCUCCCUAACCUUCCUAAAAACCGGGGGUCUCACCCAUUUCUUAGUAAUGGGUUUGGAGUGGUGUGCCAGGGGCAGCAUUCCCCAAAAUUCGAUAGAAUCAGGACAAACCCUAAAUAACUGAAUUUGAACUUUAAUUAAACAGUGUUGCAUCUGAUCACUGAUUAA